AUGGAAACCUCUGGGCGUAGGGCGCGGCCAAAUACUAGAGGCUGGCGGUGGGGAAAGAUCCGAGGCGACCAGAAUCCCCGGCGUCCUGAAUCUGACCCUGGCCCCCAUCUAGGUUGGGGGCCCAGCCCUGAUCCGAGCCCCUGCCCCGCCCCUAACCUCUAUCUCCGUCCCCACCCGGAUCGAGAGCCCAAUCUUGACCCAGGCCCCUACCAGGGCCCCGGCCCCGAUCUUGACUUCGGCACAGAUCCUGACCCUUUCUCCAACUCCGGCCCCGACUCCGGUCCUGGCCCCGGCCCCGGCCCCGGCCCCGGCCCUGGCACCAGCUGCGGCCCCGGACCCGGCCCGGGCCCCGGCCAGGCUCCCGGCAUGUUGCAGGACGAGACCCUGGACGGGGCCACGGUGCCCUCCCUCUGGAGAGGGUCCCUGGAGAUCCGGAGUGAGCCGAAAAGUUGCCAGACUGUCAGCAUUUCCACUUCAGAAGAUGCCUGCCAAGCCCGCGAACAGGUUGAUGCAGAGGUGCAAACUGACCCACCUUCUCCUGUGGCCCUACGCUAUACAUCUCAGCAAGAUCUCCCUGGGCUGGCCUCCUUCCUUUACCGGGUAGAAAAUCUUAUCAUCCGUGAGCUGGAUAAGAAUUGGCAGAGCCAUGCAUUUGAUGGCUUCGAGGUGAACUGGACAGAGCAGCAGCAGACGGUGACCUGCCAGCACACCCUGUGCUACCCCCUGGCCCAGGCUCAGAAGCUGCAGGUGACCAGCGUCUCCUGGAAUGCCACUGGCUCAGUGGUGGCAUGUUCCUAUGGUCGUUUAGAUGAUGGUGACUGGAGCACUGAGAAGUCUUUUGUGUGCAGCUGGAACCUGGAUCGUCGGGGGCUGAACCCCAGCCAACCUUCUGCUGUGGUGGAGGUGCCCAGCUCAGUCAUGUGCUUAGCGUUCCAUCCAACUCAGCCCUCUCACAUUGCAGGUGGCCUCUAUAGUGGGGAGGUGCUUGUUUGGGACAUGAGCCGGCCUGAGGACUCCUUGCUGUGGAGAACAGGAAUGACGGAUGACACUCACACAGAUCCCGUCUAUCAGGUUGCCUGGCUGCCUGAACCCCGGCACAGCCACCGCUUCCAGCUGUUGAGUGUCUCCACAGAUGGGAAGGUGCUGCUGUGGCAGGCAGUUGGUUCAGGGCAGCUGCAGUUGACAGAAGGCUUUGCUCUAGUCAUCCAGCAGAUCCCCCGAAACACAAAACUGAAGAAGCCUACCCGGGGUGAAACAGAGGUAGGGGUCACCGCCCUAGCCUUCUCCAGCUUUGACCCCAGCUUGUUUAUCCUGGGCACCGAAGGUGGCUUCCCACUCAAAUGUUCGACGGCAGUGGAAGUGGCAGCCCUUACCCGAAUGCCCAGCUCCCUGCCACUCCGAGCGCCUGCCCAGUUUACCUUCUCUCCUCAUGGUGGCCCCAUCUACUCUGUGAGCUGCUCACCCUUCCACAGGAACUUGUUUCUGAGUGCUGGGACAGAUGGGCACAUCCACCUCUAUUCCAUGCUGCAGGCCCAGCCCUUGACGUCUCUCCAGCUAUCCCACAAGUACUUGUUUAGCGUUCGCUGGUCUCCUGUCCGUCCCUUGGUCUUUGCUGCUGCCUCCGGGGAAGGGGACAUACAGCUGUUUGAUCUCAGAAAGAGCUCCCAGAAGCCCACAGUUUCUAUCAAGCAAACCCCAGAUGAAAGCCCAGUAUACUGUCUGGAAUUCAAUCUUCAACAGACUAAUCUCCUGGCUGCUGGGGAUGCCAAAGGUGUUGUAAAGAUAUGGCAGCUGAGCACAGAGUUCACAGAACAAGCACCCCGGGAAACCGAAGACUUGGACCAAUUGGCAACUGAGGUGGCCAGCUGAGGACACCAGGCUUCCCUUUUGCCAGGUGGCAGUGAUGAGCAGAAGCGAGCCGCAUAGGGCCUUUAUACUGCUUACCCAUGGCACAAGGAAUGCUGUUCAAGGCUUGGAGAAUUCUGCUCCUAUGAGCAGAUACUUGAGUUUUUGGGUGUUCCUCAGAUAUAAUAUACAUAAAGACUAACAUUUGCUAAUGAUUAAAAAAGAAAAAAAGCUUU